GAGGAGCUCAUCCGCGGCAAGCGCCUGUUCAACGUCGCGUGCGGGACCUGCCACGUCGGCGGUGGCACGCGCACGAACCAGAGCGUCGGCCUCGGCAUCGAGGAGCUCUCGGGGGCGUUCCCGCCGCGCAACACCAUCGACAGCCUCGUGGACUACAUCAACGCGCCCACGACCUACGACGGCCUGAAAGAUAUUUCCGAGGUGCACCCGUCUAUCAUUGCCGCCGACCUGUGGCCCAAGAUGCGGUCCAUGAAGCAGCAGGACCUGUACGACAUCUCCGCUUACAUCCUGUACCAGAAUUAUGUGAUCCCAGAGAAGUGGGGCGGCGGCAAGCAGUACUACUGA